CGCGCGCCAGUGGCGACGUGCGUGCACGCACACGGGCGAGGCUUCGCUGUCGGAGAGCCCGGCUGGCGCGUUCCGGUGGAGACUUGGGCGGUUGCGGCUGACAGUUCAACCCCUCCCUCCCCCUCCCGGGAUGUAAAUGGCGUCUGAUAACAGUGACGCCGAGGAAUUCUAUGACGCGGCAGAGGAGGUUAACCCUGUCCCGUCGCCGGUUGCGUCACCAGCAAAGAUCAUUACCUUAACCAAGGAUAAAAUAAACAAUGAAGCACAAAAACAUCAAGAUUUUUCAUUUCAACAGGAUUAUAAAGAUAAGGUUCUUAACCAACCAGAGGGAGAGGACCAACAGAAGGAUAGGCUGAAAGCUGAGUCCUCAGAAACUGGUGAAGAUGAGUGCAGUUCAAAACCUGAUGGGCUUACAUUUACUGUUUCAGCUGAAUCUGAUCUGCUCAGCAACAUUACAGGACUUAUCAACAUUGAUCAGCCACAAUGUGCAAAGCCAAAGAAUUUGACAGAGCAGAGCAACUUGGAUGUAAAAACUGGGCAGACAGAAGUUCUGCCAGAUGCUCAGACAGCUCUGUCAUCUUUAGAAACUUUCUCAGUGGUGUCAUGUAAUGAUACAUUUGCAGAACCAAAAGGUGUUAAUGCUGUGAGUCAGGAUAAAUCCAAUGUGGACUGCCUAUGCAGUUCAUCUUCAAAACAGCCAUCAGACGUCAAAAGAGACAAAGCAGAUAUUUUGGAACAUGUUUCGGGAGAUCACUUUGCAUUGGAAGAUGUGCUUGCGGCGGAACAGUUACAAGAUCCAAAACCACCAAGGCAGAUAACUGUGGAACCUGAUAUAGUAGCAAGCACCAAGAAACCUACACCAAUACGGCCUCCACCACCAGGAUCAAGUAUUCCUCCACCACGGCCACCACCACCUGUACGACCUGCUCCCCCUCCUCGAAAGAAGAAAAGUGAAACUUCCUUGGAUGUGCACAGUCCGUUGGGUCUCGAAGGUCCUCCUGAUUCUGAGACGUCUGUUGGUCUUGUGACUCCCAAUACAGCUAUAGAAAAUCUAACCAAAGAGCUACAACAUUCUUUAGAUCUUGCAAGUGCAACUAGUGGAGACAAAGUUGUUACUGCACAGGAAAAUGGAAAAAAGGCUGGUGAGUUGCCGUCGGGUAUUCCUGAAACUGAAGAAAUGGGACCUCAAAGACCAAGGUCAAACUCAGGACGAGAACUUACAGAUGAGGAAAUUCUUGCUAGUGUGAUGGUGAAAAAUCUGGAUACAGGGGAAGAGAUCCCUCUUAACAUGGCUGAGGAGAAACUUCCCAAAGGUCUUAAUCCAUUGACAUUACAUAUUAUGCGUCGGACAAAGGAAUAUGUAAGUAAUGAUGCCGCACAGUCAGAUGAUGAAGAGAAGAUUCAACCCACUCAGACUGAGCAAGAUGGCCAUAAAAUCAAACAGAAAACUAAUCAACUAAAGAAGUUUUUGGGAAAAUCAGUGAAGAGAGCAAAGCAUCUUGCUGAAGAAUAUGGUGAAAAAGCUGUAAAUAAAGUUAAAAGUGUCCGAGGUGAAGUGUUCCAUUUGGAUCAAGAUGAUGCUUCUUCUAGUGACGAUGAGGGUAUGCCUUACACAAGGCCUGUCAAGUUUAAAGCAGCACACAGUUUCAAAGGGCCUUUUGACUUUGAUCAGAUUAAAAUGGUCCAAGAUCUAAGUGGAGAACACAUGGGAGCUGUGUGGACAAUGAAGUUUUCACACUGUGGUCGAUUACUUGCAACAGCCGGUCAAGACAAAGUUGUGAGGAUCUGGGUUUUAAAGAAUGCUUGGGACUACUUCAACAAUAUGAGAAUAAAAUACAACACUGAAGGUCGUGUGUCACCAUCACCUUCACAAGAAAGCUUGAGUUCUUCGAAAUCUGAUACUGACACGGCAUAUAGCGGAACUGAGGAUUCCGAUCCUGAAGACAAAACUACACCUUUUAGGCAGCAUCCAUUUUGUAAAUACAAGGGACAUACUGCUGAUCUUCUGGAUCUCUCUUGGUCAAAGAACUACUUUCUGCUGUCAUCUUCCAUGGACAAGACAGUUCGUUUGUGGCAUAUAUCACGGAGGGAAUGCUUGUGUUGCUUUCAACAUAUAGAUUUUGUCACUGCUAUAGCUUUUCACCCAAGGGAUGACAGGUACUUCUUAAGUGGAUCACUUGAUGGGAAGCUUCGUCUGUGGAACAUUCCUGAUAAGAAGGUAGCACUUUGGAACGAAAUUGAUGGCCAGACAAAAUUAAUAACGGCAGCAAACUUCUGCCAGAAUGGUAAAUAUGCUGUGAUUGGCACUUAUGAUGGCAGAUGCAUCUUCUAUGACACAGAGCAUUUGAAGUACCAUACACAGAUACACGUCCGCUCCACAAGAGGGAGAAACAGAGUUGGGAGAAAAAUUACAGGCAUUGAACCAUUGCCUGGUGAAAAUAAGAUCCUUGUGACCUCCAAUGAUUCAAGAAUUCGCCUGUAUGAUCUUAGAGAUUUGUCCAUUUCUAUGAAAUACAAGGGUUAUAUGAAUAGUAGUAGCCAAAUCAAAGCAAGCUUCAGUCAUGAUUAUACAUAUAUCAUAAGUGGAUCUGAAGACAAAUACAUUUAUAUUUGGUGUACUUACCAUGAUGUCAGUAAGUUUGCUUCAGUAAGAAGAGAUCGCAAUGACUUCUGGGAAGGAAUUAAAGCCCAUAAUGCAGUUGUGACUUCAGCAAUCUUUGCACCAAAUCCAAGUUUGAUGCUGUCUGAUGUUCCUCAGGCAGAGAAAGCAGAGAGUGAUGCCUUGGGUAUUAAUACAGAUAACAUACCUUCUGGUGCAUUAAAAGCAGACAUCACUGAAGUACUCUUAUCUGCGGAUUUCACUGGUGCAAUCAAAGUUUUCAUCAACAAGAAGAAGAACUAAUUAUUUUAGGCUGAGUUCUUACCUGGAAUACUGUAUUCAAUUCCACACUCUUUGCUUUUUAAUUAAAUGAGAACAGAAAUAGAAGCAUUGCAGUAACCAACUCAUAAAUUGUUUUAAACUUUGGUAGUUUAGCAUGGAGUUGGUUUGGUUGAGGAGAUCUGUAGUAGAACUCAUGAGCUAUUAAGUAUGAAUCGGAAGAACAUACUUGUAAAUACCUUUCUGGGACUUGGUAGGAAGGCCUUCAAGUUUCUCCGUGUCCAAGUACAGUAGUGUUUGUGUUUAGGAUUUAUAUGUCUGUGCAAGUUCUGGUCUGGGAAUUGGUUCUUGUAUCUUUUGCUUCAAAGAAUAGAAAUUUAUUCCAUAGCUCAUAGUGUGCCUUGUAAAGGAAGCUGGUUCAUAAUAGCUCUGGUGGAAUUGUGCUAGUGUAUUGAGAACAAAUUACUUAUACUAAAAAUUAUUGCUGUCUAACGAAGUUCAGUUUAGUUUGUGACUGAACUAGUUCAAUGGAAAGUACUAUAUGUAUUCUGUUCAGUAGAAUUAGUUAUUCUAUUUUUAAAACUGAUGCCAAGUCAAACUGUGGGCAAUGCAACUUCAAUCCAUUGUUGCAUCCACGAGAGCCGAGGUGGAAGCAAGUUGUUUUCAAAAGACAAAGACACUGUUAACUAAGUCUUAUGCUUAAUUUAUGUUGAAUUCUCAUACUUUUUUACCCUUUUGCACCACCUUUGGAUAUCAGAUUUCCUUUUGUUUUGUCAGAUUUUACUUUAUUGGAACUGGGCAGAUUGAAUCUUUGGCCAAUCUUUUACUAUUUUAUGUUAAGACAAACUAUGUUCAUUGUGUACAAAAUAAUGUUUUGAAAUUUAAUUUUGUGGUGGAGAAAAUGUAUUAUUGAUGCACAUGGCUCUUGAAAAAGAAAGCCAGUGUAACUACCAAUGAAAUAGCAUUUCUGGGUUUGUGCUGCUGGAAAAUGUUAUUGAUGGUUUUUGAGGUUUAAAGCAAAUAAAAUGUAUAAAUAAAGGAUGCUACAACAAG